CCGCCCGAUGGCGCCAGCGGCACAAUAAUAUGUCCCCAUGCUUGCGUGUUGCCCUGCCGCCCUGCCUACAUACUUCAAACCUGCUGGUUUGUGUCUUGAGCUAAACAGCUGCACGCUCUCCUAAUAUAUUCUCUGUGUAUUGAUUAUCGUAGGCUGUCACGUGGAGUACAUUCGACAUGCUGUGACACCAGGUUACCAAAGAAUACGCAACAACUCGGAGAAGACCUUGACAAAGUGCUGCUGGAAGCUUGGAAUCGCCGGACAUCCGUUGGCUGGCGCAGCAAAUACACGAUUGACUGGUCGAAGUCAGAAAUUGUGAGCUUAAUGCAUGGCUAAAAGCAUUCUUUAACGCUCGCGUAUCAUGUGGUACCGGCAAAUAUGAGCGCGGCUUUGACAACACGCUCCGUGCCCGAAUGAGCGCGAGACGGGACUGAGCAACAAGUGCACCGUGUUGUGCGAAUCCUCAGCCUGGAGUAUCGACGAGGGUUUUGAACGGCCGGCAGAAAGGUAGAAAGCUUGACAUGAAAGCCACCGAGACAUGAACAAUCCUCCCCCGAUCCUUCCAAGGAGGCCGCAACCACUUGCCCCCUCUAGCACAGAUCAAGGCCUUUCUCCUCCAAUUUCCCUUGACACCAAAGUCCCAUGUCGCUCUCUUUCAUUCAAAGCACCUAAAAAAGACAUGGAAUCGUCAGAGCCUUCCAGCUUGAGAUAUGUUCCAGAUAGCUCCUUGUCAACGUCAGAAGUUGUGCUGGAGCCACCCUCAGCACAGCCUUGCUCAUCUCACAUCCAGAAGCCAAUGGCACAACAUUUCACAAACCCAAUCUAUUUGCUCAUGGAUGACAAGAUGGAAGCUCCUGCCCGUGUGGAACAAGCACCUAGAGCAAACCGUGUGCCAGAUGUCAGUGAUACUGAUUCUAUAAUGUUUCUGAAAAAGAACAGGCCAAAGCUUCAGCGCCAAAAGUGUGAGGAGGCUCCCAACUCACCACAGUUACCACCCUCACUUUUUCCUCACAUUUAUGAGGAUGUACCUCAAGGAGUUCUGGAGAAAAACCGAAAGCUCAUUGCCGACCAGGAGGCACGUGGACCAAGCACUGCUGAAUCUCUACCUGAACGUUUGAGUGCCAAAGAUGAAAGCUCAAGAACUCCACCAGGAACUCCACAGGGCUCUCCUCAGGAGUUUGUAAAGCCAGUACGUGAUGUGAGUGUGUUUUGGAACCAGCCUCAGCUGUCACUUUCAGGUGUUUUCUACGAGUUUCCUGUCCAUCGAUCUCCUCCAAACAAGCAGGAGAUCGUGUCACCAACCUACGACACGCCCCCUAGCCUCAGGAAGCAAAUCUCAUUGACUGACACUGAAUAUGAGGGUGUUGUGUUCAAAACGCCUCCGUCGUAUGAAAUUCCACCUCCGCCACUUCCUGUCACUUGUGACUCAUCGAUAUCAAAGGAAAGCAAGCUCUUGGAGGAGGAUGACCCUAAAUCUCCAGUGACUGCGUGCACAGUGCAAGAAGACUCACUUUUAUCUUCCUCAGCACACAUGCUAUACGAAGUACCCAAACCUUUCCCAAGGCCUUGCAUUUCACCUCCUGAAAACACUUUCGUUUUCCCAGAUUCAUCCGAGCUCUACGACAUCCCGCCACAAAGAGCAGCUUUUCCUUCGCUAUCUGAUUCACCCAGAGAUUCGGAUUUCAUGGAUGCUUUUGAUGUUUUUUCAUCAGAUGACGUUGAAUCUGAAUAUGUGCCAUUAAUAACUCCUCCGCCAUCCUACCCACCUCCGCCACCUCCUGAACCAGAGCCCCCUGAAAUACCCCCUAGGAAUAACACUGCUAUUGUGUUGCCUGGAGCAAAAUGCCUCCUUGAACCCCAGGUCCCAAUUCCAGCUGUUAGGACCUCACUUACAAAGCGGAACCAAGUUGACCAGCAGCCAGGAUGCUCCACGCCUCUUUCAAACUCCGUAGGUGAAGGAAAGGCCAGCUCUCAUAUUAAAACGGCAUCUACCUUUUAUCGGGCUCUUCUCCCAAGCCAGCACCCUGCCCCAGUUUCCUUCAAGGCCGACUUUGAACAAAGCCCAACCCCAUCCCUAAGAAGUGCUUCCUUGAAUGCUUCCCCGAGUGUACCAGACUCCCCGCAAUUUGAAAGCCCACUUGGACGCAGAGCUUUCACUGAUAUGGGUGAUCGCUGUCCCUCUAGACAAGAUACUACAUCUGCGACAAGCGACUCCUCUUCACUGCAGUCCGAAGAUUGUUGGACUACAGACAAGCUGGACUUCUCUGGAUAUGUUUACAAAGCUGGAUCAAACCGCAAAGGAUUCCAAAAAUGCUGGUGCACACUUAAUGAUGGCUGUUGGAGCUACUAUGCGUCAGACAAGGACACCAUUCCAUUGGGCGCUUUGGCACCUCAAGACAUUGGGGGAGUUUUUGCUGUAGCUGGAAAUGAACCGAGCCCAGCUACGUCCACUGUGCCCAACCUGUGGUGCUUCGAGAUCCAAGCGCUACAGUCACAGAACCGACCCCUCUUGCUGGGUGUGCCAACGUUGCCCGAGCGAAGGGAGUGGCUUGAGCGACUUGCACAUCUGGUGGCUCCGCAGACAAGCAGUGGCCUAAGUGCGCGUCAGUUGCACGGGGAGCCCAAGCACGCCGGCCGGUUGCACCUCAAGGAAGGCACCACUGGCUUCUGGCAGACUGCAGGCGUCGUGCUUCGCGGGCGAUCCCUCGGUGUGCACCUUCCAGGGAACGUGGAGCAGAUUGACUUGCGCAAGGUCAUGUCUGUAGGCAAGGUCACUGCUGACCAGACCUACUUGACCUAUGGAGGGGCUCAGGAGCGAGGUCCUUCAUUCCAAGUGAGAAUCCCUGGAAGGGUACUUUACCUUCAGGCAGACCACCCAAAGCACACAGAGUCGUGGCUCGCAUCUGUAACUGCAGCGUGGCAGACGCCUCUAGACGCACCCCUGUCUGAGCAAUACGUCACUCCAGAAGGCAUCCCUGUGGCAGUAGACCGCUGCAUCAAUUUCAUCAGCACGCAUGGCACCCUGCUGACUGGUAUCUACCGGCUUGCUGGUUCAAGUGCCAAGAUAAAGAAGCUAGUGGAACACAUGUUGCAAAAUCCUUGGGACCUGCACCUGACAACUGAGGAGUACUCGCCACACGACGUUUCCAAUGCCUUGAAGCGCUACUUGAGGAGCUUCAAGGACUGCCUCCUGACAAGCUGUCUGUUCAGUAACUGGAUUCAGUCAAGCAGGUGUCAAAAUCCAGACGAAAGGAAGAAGAUGGUGAAAAACCUGUUGAGUGAGCUCCCAACAGUGAACUACUUGCUGCUGAAGAAGUUAGCCAGCCAUCUCAAGAGCAUCAGUGAUCACAGUGACAAGAAUUUCAUGCCUGUGCUCAACCUGGCACCCGUGUUUGGACCAUCGGUGCUUUACAAGAUGGUCGGAGACCUCGAGAACGAGUCGCCAACCAACUCCAGCUUUGAGGAGAACAAUGCCUCCAUGGAUGUUGUCGCUGACCUCAUUUCUGGCUAUUCCUGGUUCUUUGAGGUGGAUGCCGCUGAGAUGGAAAAGGAGAAACGAAUUCAGGCGGCCAUGGAUCUCCUUAGGGAAGCGAAAAUUGCUCAGAGACCAGCUGGUGACAUUCUAGUCGGCGUGUACGUCUACAGCAAAGAUUGGGGUCACUGCAUCAAUGUCAAGCUCUCUCCUGCCAUGACGGCAGGUGCUUUAUGCAAGCACACCAUGCAGCAGCUGAAUAUCAAGGAGCCCGUCAACAAAAUGGCUGUCUUCGAAGUUGUCUGUGAUCAAGACCUGGAACGACCUUUACAUCACAGUGAGCCUGUCCUCUCUGUCGUCGUUCGCUGGGCCAACUGGGAUGCAUCGUUUGCCAAGUCCAAUUACCUUUGUAUCAAAAACAACUAUGUCUAUGAUGAAAUAGCACCUCUCGUAUCAAAUCGUCAGCCACUGUCUGUGUUCAGUGAGCUUCGCUAUGCCGAGGCUCGUCAGAAGAGCUUCAAGAAAUCUGUCCUUGAGUUUACGGGUGGCAAGAUAACGCAGUACAAAGAUUCAAAGGCUAGUCAGCUUGUGAACCAAUGGAACAUUGAGGACGUCCUCUGGUUCAUGGGGUGCGAAUCACGGCGGAGCCCGCCUUCCAAGUGGAAUUUUACAUUUGUUAUGCGUCAAGGAGACAUAAAGAGGACGAGGGACCGUCCAUUUUUUGGCAACUGUGUGAGCCUGGCCACCCAGGAGGAAUUCGAGAAGUGGCUGGCGGCAAUGCUGAAUGCCGAGUUCCCCAAAGGUAUUUUCCCCCCUCCUCCUGAGCCAAUUCCAGACCUGCUGUCCUGAUCGGGCCUGACGGAUAUGAGAGUUCCUUUUCCCUUUAGUGGCAUCCAGCUUUUUUUUAGUUGUCACUUGUGCGAGUUUGUUGAAUCUCUUUGCUUUCAUUUUGUAUUGUACUAGUUCUAGUGCUGCUGGCAGCAGAAGCCUAUCAGACAUGCGAGCACUGUCCGAACUACAUUGUCACACAUCUAUAGUCAGACUCUGCUUUAUGUGUGUGCAACCAUCUUCUUUUUUGCUGUCGUGUUUGCUCGUUCGCUUCUUUCAGAGGUGCACCACUUAGGCUUUGCAUAUACCACAGAGCCACAUGUUGAGAUGAAGGUCCUGCUUAAACAUGGGCCUUAUGUGAUAACCGACCUGCCACUGAAAGCUGAACACACAUUAGCAUGCACCCUGGCUCUUUGACUCAUACGGCCACCUUGGUCUCUUGCAUAGCUUGUGUCUGGUUGUGAUAGUAGAGGGAGUCUGUCUGGUUGAAGCAUGUGAGCAAACAUGGCUGCGAGAAAGAGAUGUUGUGCAUGUCUAACGGCUGGUAAGAUUUACCGUGUCAGAUUGUGCAGGCAAUAUGGUUUGGCUGACAAGUUGCACAAUCUGUAAACUGUUGCAGAGCACUGUAGACUUUAUUUCCAGCUGCCACUGUUGCUGUUGUGGUUGCUAGUUGUUUACGGUCUGUUUUAUCUUCUGCUGCUGAAACGAAAUAUAUGCGCACACUUGCAGUGUCCGUAUGCAGCAUGUUUCAGCUAACUUUAGCCAAAGUUUAAAGAUAUGCCGAUGCACUCUAAGACGACGCAACCAAAUGCGUGUUGCUCACUUUUGUACGUAGUGUGUCACGCUAUAUUUUGUAUUUUGUUUAAUUAGAUAAUUAGUCAAGAUUAACCAACUUCUGAGGCAACAAAGCUUGGAAAAACAUUCCAAUUAAAUAAUUGCAGAGCGCUUUGCAAAACUUCCAAAUAAACAGUUUCUGUCUUUCUAUCUAUUAAGUAGUAGUGUUUUUCAGCUUACUGCCACAAAAUACAAUAAGAAACACCACGUGACACGCCCGCUUGCACGUCCUGAUUGCACUGCUCCCAAACAUUCCACACACAAACAAGCAUAGCAUUUAGCCAGGUAUGCUGCCGCUGCUUCUGCAUAUCGCUAUCAUGAACCGCCACGAGGGAAGCACAUCGCUGGCGUAAAUUGCACAGCCAAUGCCUUCAUCACUGCCCUGUCACCUUUUAAGCAGCAGCAUGCCCUGCUUGAUUCUGUUUGUUUGUAUGCAGACAGUUUGGGAGCGCUGCAAUCACAGCCUGCAAGCGGGUAUCUCACGUGGUAUUUUAUUUUUUUUAUUUUUUUAUUUAGCGGGCAUUCACAAUAAGCUGAAAAGCACCAGUACUUAAUAGAUAGAGAUAAACUGCCUAAUUGGACGUUUUGCAAUGCGCUCAACAACUUUCUAACUGGAAUUUUUUGCCCAACUUCUUUGCUUCAGAAGUUGGUUAAUUAAUCUUGACUAAUCAUCUAAUUAAGCAAAACACAAAAUAGUGUGACACACUACAUACAAAAGUGAGCAACAUGCAUUUGGUCACGUCGUUGUAGAGUGCAUCGGCAUGUUUUUAAACUCUGGUUAAAGUUAGCUGAAACACCCUGUAUAAGUGUGACUGUUUUCACUUGAGUCUCGUCUGCAGUUUCGUGUAGCUUUGUUUGCUGUGUGGAGCUGUACUCGGGAAACCCAUUUUAUUAUAGUUAUGUGUUAUACAACGAACGUGUCUUACUCCUUUUUUUGCAUUUUUAUUCUAGUGGGACUCAAGGCUUAAGCCAGCUUGAUGCUAAGUGUUUUACAGGGUACUGCUUUGAUCAAAGGGAGGGGGGAAGGGGGGAGGGUUAGUCACCGCUGUACCACUUUGAAAAAAGCCAUUCAUGGUAAAUGAUGUGUGCAUUCUGGAAUUGAAUCAAUCUUGAGCCUAAGCCUGCCAAAUACGUCUUUUCCCACUCUAUCUGACUUCCUGAAAUGAUGAAUGUUUCUUGUUUCAUGUUUUGAACAGUAUGCUAGGGUGUGUUCUGUGUGGAACCAAAAAGCAAAAUGUACAUAUUUCGGUAACCUAAUUGCAUUGAUGUGGGAUGCGGUUGAAGUCGGGUAGCCUACCGUGCUCGCGCAUUGUUGCAAUAUUGUUUUACCCACGCCAACUGUGAACACCCCCUGCAUCUUGAAUUCUGUAGUGUCAGUCUUCGGUGCGCUUCACUCCGUUUGCCUCCAGUGCAUUGGUGCUUGUGUUGCUCACUCUGUUGCACAAUAGACAAUGUGCUUUGUGGUGCACAAGUACACGUGUUGUGAAUGUGAGAUAUUUAUGCAGUGUUUAGUGUGGCCUACUCAGCUGUCUCAAUCUUUUGCAGUGUGCGGUUUUUAUUGGUGAGACAAUUUCAGUUUUAGCAGUCUUCAGUGCUGUCAUACAAAGCAUGUAGUAUGGGCACUCUGGGGCAAGCCAGAGGUUAUUUUUUUUUUUUUUUUGUCCCAGCUGUCGGAAGCUUCUCCUCUAAUUGUAUCCGGGCUUCCAUUAUAUUUGCGCAAUUACAGCAACACUGUGUACAUGGCCAUUUUAGUUUGUGAUGCAAUGUAGCAGAAUAACAACCAAAUAUCAACUUUCAACAUAUGAUAAAUUUAAUUUGUCCAUCUGCAUGAAACAUAUUACGGAAACAAGUAUCGCAUUUUUCUUCCUUAAGCUGCAAAUAAGAAUGCUGCUGUAUGAAGCCAUCACAAGUAUCUGUUUUGCAACACCUAAUUAACUGUGCUUCUUUUUUUUUUUUUUAAAGAAAUCGGGUUUUGAAAGCAAAUUCAUUUUUUAAAGAGCAGCUCUGUAUAACUGUUAUGUGGCUGCAGCCAGUCUGCAAAUGACAAAUUAUUAAGAUGAUUUUUACAUUGCACACACGUUAAAUUUUCAAUUCAUUACAUUCAUUGGUACUGCUCUGAUUACAUAAAUGUAAUCAGAGCAGUACCAAUGGACUGAAGUUAAAGUGAUAUUAUACGAACAAAUAUAUGUAUAUAUCUACAGCUAUGUUAUUUUUUCCUUUAAAUUGUGAAAACUUCUCUCUUUUUAUACGCAGUGGUUUUCCACUUUGGUAUAUGCACAUGGCUGCCAACAUGCAUGUGCAUAUUUUACAAAUGACCAAAUGGUGCAUUUACUGUAGAGUAGUAACUAUUUUUUCGAAGGGUUUUACAGUGGCAACUAUAAAACAUUUGUGCCAUGCUGUCGUUGUCAUGUUACUCUCUGUGGAUCAAGUGCCUGGUGUAAAGCUUGUUUCUCUCUCUUUUUCAAAGUAUUUUGUUUUGUUUUAUGAACCUGUUGUACUCGUUGGCUUAAAUAAAUGUUUGUUGUGCCAGG